UGUCUCUAUCCUGCUGCUCUUGUUAGCUGGUUUAGGGAUUAUGGAAGUGGGAUUUCAACACACUUGAAGGCACCAGGUUGGGGUGGGACUACUUUAAAGUAACAAUCUAUUGUCUUACUGCUGCAGUUGAGAAAAAGGGCAGACAGAGAAGCUACACAGUUAGAUAUACAAUCUUUCUUCCUGAUGCGUAGUGUUCCUUUUGUGCAAAAAGUUUGUAAAGAUUUGCAGAGAUACAGAGCCAAUGUGAGAACAACACUUGUCCUGAGAGAAGGUAUGUAACCUACUCGCUCUUUCCCCACCCCCUUUUACUCCUGUGCACUUUUCUGGCAGACAUCCUUGAGCAUUUGAGACGGAUGUGAGAGAAUUUCAGUCCUCACUGGAAAACAAGCCAACUAAACAUAACAGAUUACAUCAGCUCAGGCUUUUCAAUUCCUGGAUGGUAGCAGUGUGCUAAUCCAAACUUCAUCCUGGAUUUCGCAAAGUAAAACAAGGGAGGCUGGCAAGAGGACAGAUUGAGGAAACUGACGACGGCAGGCCUUGUGGGCAAGAGGCUGUAUAAAGCUCCAAAAUUUGUAAGCUGAUCUUCAGAACUUCCACACUGGGUUCUUCGCUCCUGCAUCCCUGAGCAGAAGACAUCUGACUGAACUUUUGCAACCUGUCAUUGAGGACAGUGGAAUUGGUCUUUCAUCACACCAGGAGCCAUGACCACUUUUCUGGUGCUCGCUCUCCUUCUGGUACCCAUGCAUGUCAGAGCUACCUGGAGCGCCAAGUAUGCAGUAGAUUGUCCGGAAUCCUGUAACAGCAGUGAAUGUAAAAACCCACAGCAUUGUAAGCGGACUGUGUUGGACGACUGUGGCUGUUGUAGGGUGUGUGCUGCAGCUCUGGGAGAAACUUGCUACCGGACAGUUGCAGGAAUGGAUGGUGUCAAAUGUGGACCCGGACUGAAGUGCCAAUUUUUUUCUGAAGAAGAUGAUUUUGGAGAUGAGUUUGGUAUCUGCAAAGAGUGUCCCUAUGGUACUUAUGGUUUGGAUUGUCUAAGAACCUGCAGCUGUCCAUCUGGCAUUUGUGACAGAGUAACUGGAAAGUGUGUAAAAUUUUCUUUUUUCCAAUUGGCUGCAUCAAAACCUCCCCACCAACGAAAAUUACUGCCACCUGCAGAGAAUGACAUGGGAUCUGGUGAUGGUAAUUCGGUAGAAGAGGAUUUUGUGAAGGAAAAAGUCAUUCACUCUCCAAUCGUGAAAUGGCUAAAUCCUCGCUGAUAUUAGCCAAUGUGGGUUAGAUUUCUAACCCAUGCUUUCUUCUAAUAGUGAAUGUUCAACAAACCACUUUAAAAACAGAUCUCUUGCAGAGGAAAUGCUAAUUUUUUUUAAAGAAGACUCAAUUUAUGUAUCUUUGGGAAAAGAUUGAAUUUCAGUAAGAAACUGUGUACAGUGUACAUGAUUUUUAGAAAUAUCUUCUGAAUACUAUAUGAAUCAUGAAUCCUUGAAUGUAAAAUAUAGUUGGAACUUGCAUAUUGCUGGCGCUUACAUAUAUAUUGAAAAACAUGUAUAUCUUAUUUUUUAACAUUCUCAAUUCUAUAUUUCCUGCACAAAAUAUUUAUUCAGCAAAGAAUUAAAAAUAGUAUGGGGAAUAAAAAUUAGUAUAUGUACUGUUGACUGAAAUCCUAAUUCCAGUAGUAGAGUACCAAUAAUAUAGGUAAUAACUGUUGAAUAUGGAACCAGCCUUAAUUCUGAAUCCUAUACAUAUUAUUUGGUAGCAAUACAGUAGGACUUCCUUUUCUAUUAAACAUUCAGAGAAUUUACUUUAUGGCAACAGUCUUAUUCAGAGCUAAAACAUAGACUAAACAAGUCUUUUAACUGUUACCAAUUAGCUUUACCCACCCACAUUCAGUUCUUUUGACUCCCAAUAGGUCUCCCGUUCAUCUCUGAGUUACUACUACUUUAGCACCACUAGCCUCAAAGAUUAGUUCUCUUCUGUUGAAAUAAAAGAAGAUGGUAAAAGCUUUAAGCAUGACUGGUCUUAACAAUUACCUUCCUUAUGGAUAACUUAUUUGUGAAAAUUAAAUUGUGAAGGCUCUGUGUCUUAUAAUGUAUUUAUUGCGGUUAAAUUCAUGUUCCCUUUUGCAGUCAAUCAAACUUAGUCUGGCUUGAAAUGUGCUGGCUUGAAUUGUAAAGCUGAACUGUGUAUCUGAAGAUUGCAGCUCACAAUAAGAGUGCCAAUACAAUCAAUGUUACAGAAGUGCAAACACUUACUCUCUAAGUUAAUGGAUCAUUUGAAAGCAAAUAAGAUUUGAGGCUCCUUCAGGAAUUCUGAGUUACAUAAAAAGAAGAAAAUUGCUUGUAUGGUUUGGUGGGCAGGAUGAAAGAGUUUAUUUAAAUGGUGUUGUGAAUAUUUACAUGAGUAUAACUCUUUUGUUGUUUGCUUUGCCAAAUAUGAUGAAUCCUUCAAAAUUGUGUAACUAACUAACUGUUAUUAUAAUAUAAGAUUGUAUUUCUAUAGUUGUUACUAUUAAUGUAAUUAAUCCUUAA